AUGAUCCUCGGAGAAGAACCAGCCACGUUCAUCCACCACACAAUCAACAACUUCAACAUCGCGCCCGACAAGGUUGCUGUUGCACGAGUCAAUGAAUCUCUCUCAACUCUUCAGCAGGCGCGUGAGCUGCGUCUUCAGGAGGCGGAGAAUGCGCUCAAGAAGCUCUCCCGCCAACUCAACACGAUGCAGUCGCAGCACAACGAUCUGACCUCCACACACUCAUCCGUCGCGCACGCCUCGGAGAUCGCGCGCCUCGACACGCAGAAGUUCCGCACCGCCAAGGCCGCCUCCGACCUAGAGAUGGAGACGGAGCGCCUGUCCAGCCAGGCCGCGGACCUCGCCGCGCGGCUGCAGGACCUCGAGCUGCAGGGCGUGGACGGCUCGCCGGCCGACGCGGCGCGCGAUCCCGUCGACGACGAGGUGCUGCUGCGCCUGAAGGUGUACCGCAGCCUGGGGAUCGACAUUGAGCGCGACGAAAAGGAUGGCGACUUCACGAAGGCGAUCGUGCGCAACGACCGCAAGGGCGACGUGCAUGUGGUCAACAUGGACAAGAAGUUCUCGCGAUUCUUCUACGCCAACUACUUUUGGCAGACGCUCUGA